AUGUCGGGAAAGACCGCCGUGGAGUCAACAGCGGCGGCCGCGGCGCGGAUGCAGCCGGUGCUGACGUCACCGAAUCAGCGGUUCGCCGCGAAAAACGGGGGAGGGGUUCGCCGGGGGACCAAGAUGGGGGAGACGGCGGGAGAGUGCGCGGCGGUGUGCUGCUGCUGUCCGUGCGGGAUGAUGCACCUCUUAAUCCUCGCCGUGUAUCGCCUCCCGGUGGGGCUGUGGAGGAAGAAGAGGAGGAACAGGCUGUUGAGGAAGAAGAGGAAGCACUCCUCCUCGUCGGAGGUGGAGGAGAAUCACCGGAAAACUAAUUCGUUCGGAUUUUACGGCGGCGACGAGGAAUCGACCGAAGACGACGAUUGCAGUGGGCAAAACGACGCCGUUGACUGGGACAACGAGAUGUGGGACCGGUUUUAUGGGGCUGGGUUCUGGCGGAGCGCUUCCCAACGAAACGACGACGAAUGAACCAAUGAGUUUCUUUCAUUCAUUUUCUGGGUUCUUCUUGUACAUAAAACUGUUUUUUUUUUUUUUAGAAAUUGAAAUUUGAAGAUUUU